AUGGGCUUCCCCCUCGAGCGCGCGCCGCCCGUUGCGUCGAGUCCGCUGUACCAGGCGGUGUCGACGCCCAGUCGCAGCAGCACGCAGGACCGCGACGUGGGGCUGCCCGACGACGUUCUGCGCAGUCGGAGCCACUCGCACGCGCUGUCGGCGAUCCUCGGAGCCAAUGGCCGCGUGUCGACGCCCUCGCCGUCCGUCGUGAACUCGAUGGACCGGCGCGUCUCGAGCCACCAGCUGCUGCCCGUGGCGGGCGGUGGCUCGACGACGACGCCGCUGCAGCAGACGGUCGACGAACGAGACGAGAAGACGGACGCGCCGGCUGGUCGCGUGCCGGCGCGCUGGAGACGGCAGCGACGGCGGUGGAAGCGCGUGUGCUUUUGGGCGGGCGCUUUCGUGGUCUUUGCCGGGUGCUUUGCACUGAGCUUUGCAGUGCCAGAGCCACUGGAGACGCUGGCGCCGAUUGUCGCUGGCGCUGGCCUGAGUCUCGUAUCGACGCUCAUGGUGCUCGUGUCGUUUGUAAGGAGACGGCGGCUGCGACGGAAACCCAAUGAGCUGCUGGCGUUUGUAGCGCUGAGUGAGUUUGGACUCGCAGUGCUUACGAUCACGCACGUGCUUUCGCUGUGCAGUGCCGAGACGGGCGAGUGUCGUCCCAUGGCGUUCACGACUUGUACGGUUGCAGCGAGCCUCGAGAUGUUUUUGCUGCUCGCUGGUGUGGGAUGGUUUGGUGCUGCGAUUUUGCACCUCUUUGUGUCAAUGUCGAACCCCUUUGCGAGCUACAAGAGGCAGCUGGUGCUCUACCAUGUGGUCGUGUGGGGACUCUCGUUGAUUGCGUGCAUUGUGGCACCUCUGGUGCUGUUUUCGAACCACGUGGAGAGCAGAUUCCAACUCACAGACGCGCAAAUAUGCCGAACAGUAGCACUGAUACUGCCUUUGCUUCCGCCGGACGCUGGAGACUCGAUGGAGAGCAGGACACGGAGGCUGGCGCAAUGGCAGGAGCUCAAUCUGAAGUAUUGGGGCAUUUUGAUCGCGGUCGUGGUCUUUGUUGUUGUUGCCGCACAACUGGGUCUUAUCGUUGGCUGGUGGCGAUCAAACAGCGGCACGAUUAUUGCACUGAAAGCUCGCCGUCGUCUUAUGAAACGCAUGGCGGUCUAUGCCCAUGCUCUUAACGCUAUGUGGCUCGUGGUGUUGGUGGUCUUUUUCGUCUACCGAUCCAAUUACAAGGCACUUACUUACGUCCAAGUGGAAGGUUCGCCAGAGAAUGUGGAUAAAGGAACGAACUUUAUCAACGCGUUAUUCCGCUUUGUCCUUACCGCCAAGGGGUUUAUAACUGGUGUCGUGUGGCUCAGUGUGAACAAACCCUGUUGUGCGCUUGGACUUGCGUCUUGUGGCUUGCACCAGUGCAGAGAUGACGAGGAGAGCCCAGUGUUGGCACAGUCCGCGUCAAGUUUGUCGCGGUCAGCGUCAUUGACAUCAUCUCACGGGGAAGUCGGGAGCCAGAGAGAGAACCUGUUGUCGAAUACAGUGAUGUCCAUGGAGGCGGGUGUGAUGGUGCAGCGUGGAGCCACGUUGCUGAGAUCGGGUACGCUGACUGACGAAGCUCAUGAAAGUAUGCCCGAAAGUACCGCAGCAGUAAGGCAUCGAGAGAAUGACCCGUUGCCAUCAGCGUCACCGGAGGUCGACCAUCCGUUAACAGGUAGAUCCAGCCGCUCGUUGUCGUCUUCGUACGCUGCUUCGACCAUGGAGUCGUACGAGGCGUCACAGAACAACGAGACACUCCAGCGCGAGAUUAUUUAUUAUACGGUGUGUGGAAUCACCAAGGCCAUCAUCCGCUCGGCUGAGCGUGCGAAAGCGACGGCUUUCGUGACUGGCAAUGCAGGGACUGCACUUGGAGAGAGUAAGGUUGCCGGUGCUGUUUCGAGAGAUCGAGAAGGUGGCGUGGUCGAAACAACACUGUUUGUGGGCGCUGAACAGGACUCGGCACUGGUCAACAGCUCUUUUAUCUCCCACGUGCAAAGGGUGACUAUUCUAUCGUCGCCUCGAUCGUAUUGUGAACCAUGUGCCUUGCUGCCCGUCGCGUCUAUCUGCCGUUCGGUAGCUGGAUUUGACAGCGAUGGUCGUCGUCAGCGUCCACGUCCGACUUCAUUCACUGCAACGUCAAGCUCAGAAUACCGAGGUAAAUGGCGCCAGCCACUUCAGCUUCGGCACAGUCGGAGUCAAGGAAGUCGGCAAACUACCCGAUUUGAUGCCAGUCUUCGUUCGCAUAGCCAAGCUGCGGGAAGGUUUUCUUUGUACCCGGUGUCCCAAGUUCCGUUUGAGUUAUUUGAGCAAGAGAUAGAACUGCAGAGCACAAGAUCUUCCGUCGACGAAGCCGUGACAGAAGGUAAAUCGACCCGAGCGACAAUGUUUGCCGGUAUACGCCGCACAGCUACAUCAGCGUUCAGCCAGGGACGAGGUGUGUUCCGUAGUCGCAGUGAAAGUGUUGAAGCUUCCUUUACCGCAGCUUCCACGAACAGCGGUGUGGGGCGUGAGUUUUUACCGGACGAUCCGAAGCCAAAGGUAUUUGUGGACUAUGCGCCCCGUGAGUUUCGAGCCAUUCGGUUGGCAUUUGGACUCUCGGACGAGAAAUAUCUGGCCAGCUUUCGAACGACGGCCAAAGAGCGCGUAAGUGCUGGUUCAAGUGGUGCGUUCAUGUUCUUUUCAGGGGACAAUUCGUUGCUCGUAAAGAGUCUCAAGGAGAAAGAGUGCCGUGCUCUGGUGGACAUGGCCCCCGAAUAUGCGCGCUAUUUAACCGCAAACCCGCAUUCGAGGCUUAUCCGCUUCUUCGGCUGCCACCGUGUGCGUCUCUAUGGCCGCAACUUUUAUUUCGCUGUCAUGUCGAACGUAUUGCACCAUGAACACCACACUGCUACGAUUAUAGAAAAGUACGACGUCAAGGGAUCAUGGAUAGACCGCCGGGCGCGUCGACCACAGCGCGGCGAUCGAGUAACGUGCGCGGAAUGUGACGCAACGUACGUGUUUGGAGGCAGCGACGAAGACGGCAAUAUGGUGAGCACUGCGUUGGAUUCGAAUGACGGGAGUGCAUCAGGAUUGGAAGACUGUGCGCAGUUCCCGUUCCACGUGCACCGACCCGACGUCGUGCUCAAGGAUUUGGACUUGGAACGCUCAUUGCAACUACCUCAGUCUAUUGCAGCUCAUCUGCACGCUCAGAUCGUGUCCGACAGUGGCUUUCUGCGAGAUAUUGGAAUUAUGGACUAUUCGCUACUCAUUGGUGUCCACAAGUGUCAUCUGCGCGCUCCACGUCCAGGGUACGUGAAUGGAUUUGUCGGAGCACCGUCGGAUAUUGUCGAAGCGUCGAAUCACACGCUGAACAUCGAAGGUCCCAACAGUGGCGCGAACCUGGCUCCACUUGGAACGGACGAGGUCUACUUCGUUGGUAUCAUCGACAUUCUCCAGCAAUGGGACUGGGAAAAGCAGUUUGAAAAAGCUGGCAAGGUGCUGUUGGGCAAGUCAGCUCGAGGAAUCUCAGCUGUUGCACCCGCAGCGUACUGCCGUCGAUUCCAAGCACGUUGUAGUCAAAUUUUACUCGGCGGUCCAGCUUCCGAAGACAUGGAUCUCGACUGGGAGGCAGAUACGAAUGCCGUGAGUUUGAAAGAGACCAAGUCGCGGUCGAACUCGAAGGAGGCUGCGGAGAUUGAUAUGGCCAACUACAUAAGUGAGAAAGCAUGA